UUAACAGGCACAUCCUCAGGGCACCCGCAUUUGCGUAUCCUCGUGAUGUAAACAAGGGUCCUGUUAGAAUGGAAAGAAAAAAUGGAAGAAGAGGCGCAGAAUGGUGACACAAAACCGAACAAAAGGGACGAAAAAUGAAAAUUCCAAAGCGUAAACUGUUUCUUUUCAUAAUUUUCGCAUAUGUAGCAUUCUCACUCUAUGCUGCCUACAAUGUAUUUUUUAGCAACAAAAUCAUCUCCCGCGUCCACAGGGUAGUGAAGAAAGAGGCAGGACCCUUAGGACGCGUUCGAGAUGGCGGAGCUGCUGCAGUCUUAGCGGAUCAAUGGAAUCCCUGGGAGGAUGAAGAGGUGGAGUACAAUUCCGACCUGAAUAAAAGGAGAGAAGCCUUCAAACAGCAUAUGGAACGAAUAGAAAAGAACAAACCCAAAAGAUAUAAGGUCCAGAUUUGGGGUAAAGCAGCCAUAGGGCUUUAUCUUUGGGAACAUAUUUUGGAGGGACCCCUAAACCCGACUGACAAGGUCGCACAAUGGAGAGAAGGCGAGCUCCAGUCAGGAAAAAUUGAUUUCAGUUUCUACACAGGUCCAGCCGUGGUCCAGGGCCACGUUCCCUUCGAUAUGAACAGUCUGGUCGUGGUCUUAAACGGUCGCGAGAAGCAGAAAGUGGAGUACUCCACGCGGUGGUUGGAGCACGUUCAAGCUCUGGUUCAUUCCCACGCCGUGUCUCACGUGGCUGUCGUCCUGCUGGGCAACGAGCGCUGCGACAAUGACUGGAUCGGCCCGUACUUGAAGAGAAAUGGCGGCGUCGUGGACCUGCUUUUUGUCGUCUACGACAGCCCUUGGGUCAACGACAGAGAUGUCUUCCAGUGGCCCCUCGGCGUUGCUACUUACAGGCAGUUCCCCAUGGUCAGGCCCAGCGCCGAGAUGAUCACCUCCGACCGCCCGUACCUCUGCAAUUUCCUCGGAACUGUUUACAAGAAUUCUUCCCGAGAAACACUCAUGCAGGUUCUGAAACAAUCCGGCCUGGAAAAGGACUGCAUUACCUCUGCCAGGGAAAGGUGGCUCCCUCAGGAGACAUCGGAGAGUCUGAAUCGAUACCACACGGCGUUGUCUCAAAGCGAGCUCACUCUCUGCCCCGUCGGCGUCAACACAGAAUGCUACCGCAUCUACGAGGCUUGUUCUUACGGGUCGAUUCCCGUAGUGGAGGAUGUCCUGACGCCCGGUACCUGCGCCGGUGGUCCCAGCUCACCUUUACGUCUCCUGAAAGCGGCGGGAGCACCUUUCGUGUUCGUUAGCGACUGGAGGGAGCUUCCUGCUAUACUGGAGAGAGAGAGAGCGAUGAGUCAGGAGCGGAAAGUGGACAGGAGGCGGAGGUUGCUGGAAUGGUACGCGACAUUCCGUGGACAGAUGAAGGAGAGGUUCACCGAGGUCAUCGAGGAGAACUUCUUCAAACGCGGCUGAGUUUCUGAACUCCAGGUGUGCUCGCACUCGGACAUUCGGGACGUGACGGAUUUCCUCUUUUUUUUUGGUCCGCCCACUCCAGAUUAAUUAAUUAAUUCCAGUUUUAAUUCGAUUUAUUCUGAUUAUUUUGGCUCAAUGGCGCGGGACUUCGUUCAUUCAUUUUCUAUCGCUUAUCCUCACGAGGGUCGCAGGGGGUGCUGGAGCCUAUCCCAGUUGUCUUCGGGCCAGCCAAUCACACAUACAGACAACAAACCAUUCACACUCACAUUCAUACCUAUGGACAAUUUGGAGUCGCUAAUUAACCUAGCAUGUUUUUUUUGGAAUGUGGUAGGAAACCGGAGAAAACAUGGAAAUUCCAUACAGAGAUAACCGAGGGUGGAAUUGAACUCGGGUCUCCUAGCUGUGAGGUCUGCGCGCUAACCACUCGACCACCGUGCAGCCUAUUUUACUUCAACUACAACUAUUUUUUUCUCUACUACAGCGGUGUCCGAAAAAUAUCUAAAAAAUAUCUAAAAAAUAUCAUAAAUAUUAUAAAAAUAUUAGAGUAAUAUCAAGAGUUGGACAAUAUCGGUUUUCGGCAAAAAAAAAAAAUCCAAUAUGAGAAUAUGAAUAUCCCAAAUGAAAACCAUAAUAAAAGUGCAGCCUAUUUUACUUCAACUACAACUAUUUUCCCUCUACUACAGCAGUGUCCGAAAAAUAUAUAAAAAAUAUCUAAAAAAUAUCAUAAAUAUUAUAAAAAUAUUAGAGUAAUAUCAAGAGUUGGACAAUAUCGGUUUUUGGCAAAAAAAAGCCACUUUAAUUAGUUUUUACUUUUUUUUCACUUUUUUUUUUUUUUACUUUCCCAAAUUUCUAUUUAAAUAAUUUGUCAAAUUUAUUCCUGUAAUAUUUGGAUUUUAUUCCACAACUUAAUUUCCCCAAAAUUUUAACUUUAAUUAGUUUUCACUCUUUUUUUUGUUGUUUUUACUUUUAAAAUUUCUAUUUAAAUAAUUUGUCAAAUUUAUUCCUGUAAUAUUUGGAUUUUAUUCCACAACUUAAUUUCCCCAAAAUUGCAACUUUAAUUAGUUUUGCUGCACGGUGGGCGAGUGGUUAGCACACAGACCUCACAGCUACGAGACCAGGGUUCAAUUCCACACUCGGCCAUCUCUGUGUGGAGUUUGCAUGUUCUCCCCGUGCAUGCGUGGGUUUUCUCCGGGUACUCCGAUUUCCUCCCACAUUCCAAAAAAAAAAAAAACAUGCUAGGUAAAUUAGCGACUCCAAAUUGUCCAUAGGUAUGAAUGUGAGUGUGAAUGGUUGUUUGUCUAUAUGUGCCCUGUGAUUGGCUGGCACCUUUUGCGCACCCUGGUGAGGAUAAGUGGUAGAAAAUGAAUGAAUGAAUGAGUUCUAAUAUGGGAUAAUAAACACAAUAUUACAAGAAGAAAAUAUACAAAUAUUAUGUUAGAAGAAACAUUGAAAUAUUGGAAAAGUAUAAAAUUAGUAUACGAUAUGUCUAACACUGAUGUAUUUAUUAUAUGGGAAAGCGGAGUGAUGCGGUACUUUUUGUGUAGUGACCCGGUGAUGAUGAUGAUGAUGAUUAGUCGUAAUUUUGAAUAAUAAUAAUAAUAUUUCAGUAUUUGUGACGGUGAAAGACUAAAACUUAUAUUUGUGUUUCAUUGUUGUUCAGUCAUGUAGAAUCACUGGAGCACAUGAUGCCUUCACUUACCCUGGGAGAAAACUGCCAACACAGCAGUAGAAGCAUUUUGAAUGAUUGUACUGUAGUUUAGUUGUUUUGGAAAAGCUGUUUUCUAUCGUGAAAGUUAAAAUUGCAGAAUUUAAUAUCGCAUGCGGAUAUGAUUUGUUCUUAAAAAAAGUGGUUUUGUUUAUUAUCGGUGCUGUGUUGAAUUGCAUGGAUGUUUUUUAGUCGGUGCAAUAAAAUGAAGUCGGUUUCUAUUUUGUCCAGCAGAUGGCGCCACAGUUUCAAUGUGCAACAGGAAUGCUAACUACUCGAAUGUAUUGAUAUUUUUCCCGAUUCAUAUCUCAAACCUACAACAGCGGCUUCAAGUUGGAUUUAUUGUUAUUGUGGUUUUUAGAUGGUAGGUCUUUAAAUUGCGUUUAUUGCAUAGAAAUUAAUACACGUGAGAUAUGAAGUUGAAUCGUGACUCAUGAACUUACUUGUGCGCGUGCGCAGUUACUUGUGCUCCCCUUGCCCGGCUCUAGCUGCGGAGUGCCGCAGCAGACAACUCAG